AGAAUAGAAGAAAACAUAGGUUACUGUUCAUAAUAGGUAUAAUUUAUUACCAUGGAAACGUACCAUUAUCUUCAACUAGCCGUUUGCCUAUUCCUGUCAAGCCUUGCAACGAGCCAGAAUGCUGAUUACUGGAACCAAGAAGCGCAAUCAUCUCUCAGAGAUGCGAUCCGCCUGACAGAACGGAACGUCGAUACCGCCAAAAACGUCAUUCUUUUCCUGGGUGAUGGCAUGAGCAUUGAAACCCUGACUGCGGCCAGGAUCCUCAAGGGCCAGCAGGCCGGGGGCCUGGGGGAGGAUGCCAAACUAGCGGUAGAAGACUUCCCACAUUUUGGCCUGGCAAAGACAUAUUCAACCGAUAAACAGGUCCCUGACUCGGCCGCAACGGCGACGGCUUACCUUUGCGGUGUAAAAACAAAGAAAGGUGUUCUUGGAAUCGAUGAUAGAGUGGAAAGGGGUGAUUGUGUGUCUUCUCUUGGAGGGGAAGUUAAAUCCAUUCUUGAAAUGGCACAAGAAGCAGGAAAAUCUGUCGGUUUUGUCACAACCACCACCAUCACACACGCAUCGCCAGGCGCCCUCUACGCCAAAGUUCCAGAUAGAAAGUGGCAAUCAGACAUGGACAUCCCCCUGAAGGAACGCAACCUUGGUUGUGUGGAUAUGGCGAAGCAGUUCGUUAGCAAUAAUAAUAUUCAGGUUGCCCUAGGUGGUGGAAGGAUGAAAUUCAUGAGUAGAGCGAAUCGAGAUCCGGAAUAUCCGAGCUUGCCGGGAACUCGUAUUGACGGCCGCAAUUUGAUUCAAGAGUGGGUCAAUAACAAACCGGAUCCGGACCGAGCCAAAUACGUAUGGAACGAGGCGGAUUUCAACCAAAUCGAUCCCGAACAAACCGAUUACCUUCUUGGUCUGUUCGAGUAUGGACUCAUGAAAUUCGAUAUCCGUCGCAACAACGACACCGCGGGUGAACCGAGUAUCGCCGAAAUGACCGACAAGGCUAUCCGAAUCCUUAGCAAAAACCCAAAAGGAUUCUUCUUGUUCGUUGAAGGUGGACGUAUCGACCACGGGCAUCACUUUGGCGUGGCUAGUCUUGCUCUAACGGAGACGGUAGCAAUGGACAAGGCAAUCGACGUCGCUCUCGGGCUGGUUGACAUCAAGGAAACCAUGGUCAUGGUCACCUCAGACCACGCCCAUACAUUCAAGAUGGCUGGCUACGCGGAGAGGGGCAACCCCAUAUUAGGCAGGGCUGAUGGAAGAGCAACUGAUUUGGGAUCGUAUACUACUCUCGGCUACAUGAAUGGCCCAGGUGCAAUCAUUUCAUCUCUCUCAUACCGACUUCUUGGAAGGCGCCCUCCCGUGACAGACUCGAACACAGGAAGAAUGCUUUACCUGCAACAGGCAAUCGUUCCGAUGAUCACCGAGACCCACGGCGGCGAUGAUGUCGCUAUCUUCGCUGUUGGUCCAAUGGCUCAUCUGGUCCAUGGCGUCCACGAGCAGAACUACGUAUCCCACGUGAUGCAACGAGCCGCUUGUAUCGGGUUCUACGCCGACAACGACUGCCAAGGACUUCCGGCCGCCGAUGUUCAUGGUGAUGGUGGCGCCACUGCUCUGGGAAGGGAUGCUACCCUUCACAUUCUGAUUUUUAUUUCAGUCGUCAUGGCUUUGGUUAAGGUCGCAUAAGACCUUCAAAAUCGAUU